AUGGGUCCCUCCAUACUCUCCAUCCCACAGCACAUUCUAAUGGAGAUUCUGAGCAAACUGCCCGUGACGACAAUAUGCAAUUGCAGGUGCGUAUGUUCCUAUCUCCGCAACUUGAUCUCAGACCCUGAAUUUGCGCAACUACACCUCUCCAGAUCACAACCCUCCCUCAUGCUUUGUUGCUGCUAUCCACAUGAAUAUUCUACGUACUUAGUUGAAUCGGUUCAUAUACCCACAAACACCCAUUUGAAAUUCGAACCUAAAUGUGAGGUACCCACUCAAGGAUUGAAGGUUUUGAGUUCUUGCAAUGGUUUAAUAUGCUUUUACGGGCCUAGGACUUAUAACCCAUAUGUUAUAUGCAAUCCCGUUAUCGAUGAGUAUGUGAUUGUGCCCCAAAUGGAAAAGUACAGUUUCGAUCAACGCGGUUCUGGGUUUGGAUUUUGUCCAAGGACUAAUCGGUACAAAGUAUUGCGUUUUUUAUCCCCGAGUAUAGGGUGUGGGUUUCCGGGGUUGAUGAGAUUGGAGGCUGAAAUCAACUCUGUAGGGACUAAUUUGUGGAGGAGAGUGAGAGAUGCUCCGCUUUAUCUGCAUUCGUAUUCUGAUGGUUGCUUUUUGAAUGGGGCUCUUCAUUGGAUUGUCCACGACACCGAAAAUUGUUUCGAAUCGAUGCAUUGUUUCGACUUUGGGAAGGAGCGAUUCCAGCCAUUUCCAGGGCCAUCUCAAUUUUAUAGGUUUCUUGGACAGCUAAGGGUGGAUACGAUGAAAAUGGGGGUGUUGCAGGAUCAUCUGUCAAUAUCUCAUAAUCCUACGUAUGAUAUGCUUGAUAUAUGGGUGAUGAAGGAUUAUGCGGUGCAGGACUCUUGGACGAAAGAUUUUGUCAUUAAAACCCCAUGGGUGGUAAAACCUUACUGCGGCGAGAUUUAUCAACCUUUAAUGGUUUUGAUUAACGGGGAUAUCUUGAUGCAAUUUGCUUUAUCCUUCCUAGUUUCUUUUAAUAUGAGGGACAAAAUUAUCAGAAAGGUCAGGGUCAAGGGAAUACAAUCUGUCAUUAGAGCAAUGACAUACAUUCCAAGCACCCGAGAAUCCCAGGUUGGGGAAACUCUUGUGGAAAUCAAACCCUUCUGGCCAUCAUUUUCAAUCACACAGAAACAUGCAUUAGAAAAUUACAAGGGUACGCUUGAGUUCCUCUAUGUAAAUUCUGAAUUGGCCUUUUGUGAUAUAUCAAAUGCUGAAUUUGCAUAA